AUGAAAUCCCUUCUUGAUAGAGCUUUAAUAGCUAUAUCUCAUAAUUGUGUGCGGAUGCAUGACUUGAUCCAAGAAUUAGGUUGGGAUAUCGUUUGUCAACAAUCUAGUGGAAAUCCUGAAAAUCGUAGCCACUUGUGGGAUUCUAAUGAUAUUCAGGAUGUUUUGGGAAACAACAAAGGAACUGAUUCUAUUGAAAGCAUAGUGUUUGAUAUGUCUCAAAUCGCAGAUCUACAGUUGAAUGCUGAUACAUUCAAAAAGAUGCAUAAGUUAAGAUUUCUCCAAUUAUAUAUCCCACAUGAAAGUGAUGGCAGAUUAAAUAAACUACAGUUUCCCGUAGGACUAAAGCCAUUUCCUUAUAAAUUAAUAUACUUGGAGUGGGAUGCGUACCCUUUGCCAUCUCUACCAUUGAAUUUUUGUCCUAAGAAGCUUGUUACUCUUCGCAUCUGGAACAGUAAACUUAAAAGACUUUGGGAUGGGAUUCAGAAUCUUGUUAAUUUAGAGGAAGUAGAUCUAACAGAUUCCCAAAAGUUGGUGGAGCUUCCGGAUUUCUCCAAGGCAGAUAAUCUCAAAAGUGUACAUCUGUCUGGCUGUCGAAGUUUGCGUCAUGUCCAUCUAUCUCUUUUAUCACUUGGAAAACUUGAACUUUUAGAUCUUCUGAACUGUGCAAAAUAUGGAAGCCCUGUGGAGACUUUGCCGGUGAGCAUCAAGCACCUUACGGAGCUGAAAACACUAUCACUAAAAGGGUGUAAGAUGCUUCAACAUUUGCCAGAGCUUCCAUCAUCUAUUCGUCAUUUGAUUGCUCUGGACUGCAUAAUGUUGCAAACUGUGACAUUCAGUUCAAAUAUUCCUAGAUUACAAGAAGAAAAACACAUAAACAUCUCGUUCCAUAAUUGCAUGAAGUUGGAUGUGGCGAAUUGUAUUUAUUGGUACCUUAAAGAUAUAAGGAAACUUGCUUACGUGUGUGAAUCCAGAAGAGGUGGAAAAGGAGUAGUUCGGAGAAGUGAUUUCUUAAAGAUUUGUUACCCCGACUAUAGAGUACCAGAGUGGUUCAUGCAUCGGACAAAGGGUACUUCCAUAACUUUUGAAGUUUCUUCACCUUCCAGUUAUGGUUUUAGUUCCCUUCUCUGCGUUGUUCUCCCUAAGUAUAGUUUGGAUUAUGAACUUGAUAUUAAAUGCCGUUGCUACUUAGAAGAUGGUAGUAACAUGCACAAAUAUUCAUUUGGAAUUUUAUUUCUAAAUCACAUUCCGGCAGAAGAGUGUUCUGAUCAUGUUUAUAUGGCAUAUAAUUAUGGAGGCAUCUUUGAUGUAAUCAAGCUGGACAGAUUGAAUAAUAAGAUUGUGUCUUCCGGGCAAAACCUAAAAGUCACAUUUGAAUUCUUUGUCAGCAGUGGAGAUACUGGAAGUAAACAAGAUGAUAACUUGUUGAUCAAAGAGUGUGGUGUCUAUCCACUAAAUGACUCCAAUUUUAGAACUGAAUAG